UCAACUGUCGGUGAGAUGGAAGGUAGGAAACAGCUGUUCUCUGUUGUUUUAACGUCUUUUAUCUGAAGGAUGAGAAGCAGACUGAUCCGGAUCGAUCCGUUUAAAACACUGAAAACUGCUGAAUCAUUACGUCAUUUCGAUCCUGAACGGAGAUGCUUCUUCUUCUGUGGUUUUAAUUAUUGAUCUGUAACGUGACGCCGACGGAAAACUGAUCCAUGACGUCAUUUGAACCUCGUAUCAAACCCGGAGGCAGCGAGGAGAACCGAGGAGGAGAGAGGAGGAGGCUCCCCAAACUAAAGAACCCUGCAAAGAUCUGGAGGAACCGCAGACAGCAGAACCACACCGAAACCACAGAGGGGGAGUUGUUCUGUGAGGAGGCUCUUGAGCAGCAGGAGGAGGAGGAGCAGCUGGAGGAGGUCGGCAGGAGGCUGAUCAUCAGGGAGGAGCAGCUGUUCAGUCAGGACUCCCCCAGUGAGGAGGAGGAGGACCAGCUGCAGAAAGACUUCGAGGCUCUGAGACUGCAGAUGUGGAUAGCCGUCCACAACACCUUCACCUCCACCUCCUCCUCCGGGCAUUUGAAGGUCCUGAGGAGUGCUGUGGCCUCCAUCCAGCAGCAGGAGACGCAGGACCGGCGCUGGAUCGGGUGUCCGGAGGACCAGGUUCCGGUGUGGCGUCCUCAGAAGUGUCUCAGGACUCACAACACUCUGCUGCACAACAUGGUGGAGUCCAGACUGAUGAAGGCUGCUGAGGAUGACUGCAGCGACACAGAAGAACUGUCUUCUCCUCUGAAGAGACAGGUGUGUCGUAUGGGGAAGCGUGUGAAGGAGGACCUGCUGACGGUGGUGAGGACGGUGCAGGACUGUUACCCUCCACAGAUGGACAUCCUGAACUUGUAUGCUGGACUCUUCCAUCAGAACUUCUGUGCUCGGCUGACUGGACUUGCUGGUUCUGGACUGGAACCAGACGACUGCAGCUACCUGCUGUUCUGGAUCAACCACUAUUAUCCACAGGAAAUAUUAACCCAUGAAGAGCUGCAGGGAAAGAUCAAGACGGCCUGUCUUGGUUCUCUGCUGCUGCAGGACCACCUGAACCACCUAGAGGACCAGUACCUGACCCACAAAGAGGACAAAGUGAAGUUGUGGCUGAACGCAGCUCUGAAGAAAGAAGAGGAAUGCUGGCUGAGCGGCCAGGAACCUGAACUCAUCGACCAGUUCUUCUUCAGUCCACUGGCUAUAGAUGUCAUACAGGUGAUGAACGGCUCCCUGAUGGACUUCAGCUGUGUGAUCAGAGACCAGAGCAAAGCUCAGAAGAUCACAGCUCACCUGGACAGCUUCCUCAGCAGCUAUAAGACGUGUGUGGAGGAGUUUGUGAAGGGAAACUACGUGAACAUUGGCUCAGUGAUCAAGGCUCACCUGGUCUGUGAGCAGCAGCUCAGGGAUUACAUCACAAGUCAAACAGGAAGUCUGUCGGAGCAGCAGCGACGUCGCUGUCUGGACACUCUGUCGGCCCUGAAGGAUUGUGGCUACAGGUGUCUCACCUGUCCCAUUCACAUCCAGCUGAAGGUGAGUCUCCGUCAGCUGUGGACGUCCGUCUGGUUAGACGAGUCACUUCCUGUUGUCGACUCUCUGCUGGACGACCUGAACCAGCAGCUGAUCCACCUGAAGGACCUGGAACCAGCAUGCAGACAGGCCCUGCUGUGUGUCCUCCAUCAGGACCUGGCACUUCAGUAUGUGAAGAGGAUGAUGAAGACCAGGACGAAGAGCAGAGAGCAGCAGGUGGGCGGAGCUCAGAGGAUGACUGAAGAUGCCCGAAAGAUCACAGAGUUCUUCAGCGAGGGGGGCUGCACUGAGACUCAGUGGCUCGGUGAGAUGUUCUGCAGCCUCGCUGAGGUUCUUCGUCUACAGGAUCCUGGAAGUGUUCAGCUGGAGCUCGUCAGUCUGGCCAGAAGGUUCCCCGACCUCAGUGACGGUCACGUGUCAGCGCUGCUGUCUCUGAAAACCGGCCUAUCAGCUGCUGACGUUCGCUCCAUCAGGCGGAGCGUGGAGGAAAACCGCCUCCUCGGCGUUUCCGCCAAUGAGAGACGUCCGUUCUUCUGCAAGGUGAAAGUGAAAUGGAUCAAUAAAAAGAUCAAUGAGAUGAUGAAGACAUGAAGAGCUGCUGUGUUUGGUUUCGUCGACACAUUAACAGACAGGAAUGAGUGAAAACAAUGAAACUAGUCUUCACUGAAUCUAACACUCGUUAUACUGAACACCUGUUAUGUUACAGUAUAUUAUUCAGUAAUGUAUCAUUAAAUACUGUAGUGUUUGUCAAUCAUCAGGGACUCGUGCACGCUUGCAUGACUCUCUGCUGCCUCCUGCUGGUUAAACACUACAGCUGCAGACACACUGGAAACUUUGGUGUUAAAAAGACGUUUUCAAUAAACACAGAAUACGUCUGAAA